AUGUACGAUUCGCACAGCAACACUACAGCGGUGCAAGACACCAACGAUGACGCCUCCGCCAGCAAAUUUUCAUGUGUAAAAAAGAGAUACAUGAAAGAUUAUUACAUUCAUUUAUUUGUGAGAAGGCGUGUUGGGAGAUCUCCAAUUAUUAAUCGUGGUUACUUUGCUUGCGAGGGUGCUCUUCGGAAACUUCUCUAUCAGUUUCUUGAUGUGGAUAAGAAAUCAGAUGAAGAUGCCUCUCUAAAGAAGCAGAUAUUAUCACUCGCAGCAGGCUUUGGCACAACAUAUUUUCAGUUGCAAGUGACUGGGCAUCAGCUGCUUCUAGGAAAAGAUGGGAAUGAUUAUAAAACCGCAGGAAGUUCUAAUUCAAAAGAGGUUUUAAAGACAGGUCAUUCUGGGAUUUUGGUUUUGUUGAUGAUAAAUGUAGGCCUUGUUCCUCAUGAGAAACGAGGAUAG